AUGGGCUUUGAACAAGAUUGGGCUUUUUAUAUUCAACAUAUUAUCUUCCUUUGAAAUUCCACAAAGACAAUCUUUCUGGAUGUUCAGAGCAAGAAACAAAAUAUUUUUUUGCUAAACAUGUUGAGAGCAACUCAUCUUUCUUCCUUCUCUUCCCCAUCCUUCUUCCUACCCAACCUCAGACUCCCUCCCACUCAUCUCCUCCUCUUCUCUCCCCUUCUCUCCUUUGAGAGGCCCCUGCUACUCUUCUCUUCCAUUGCUUCACCUCCCUAGACUCUUCACACCCACCUUUUCACCUCCUUCCUCUUGUUCUCUCUUUAGCUGGAAUCCAUUCAUGGGGACUAACCCCAGACUUUCAGGAAAAGUUUGGUUUAGUGCUGGGAAUGGUGAGUUGCAGAGUAAAGAGAUAUUAGUUCAGCACUUGCUUGUUGGUGGAGAUGACCUUCAGCUCUUGGUGGAGCUACAAAAACGGAUUUCUGGAGGGAUUUGUGGAAGACUAUAUCAGAAGAGAAGAGGCACCCCUUGAUUCUUUAUGUUUUUCUAUGUAUAUGGGAGGAUUCGCAAGAGAGAAUGUGCUUAAUUGGGUCACAAGAAGCAUAUAUGUUUCAUGGAAGCAUGUUUUGGUUCCCAUUGUUUGCUGGGACCACGGGAGGCUACUUACCUUUUGUAACUUUGGAGAAACAACACAAACAAACAACAAAAACCUUGCAUGACACUGCUAGAUUCAUUCCAAUGAGCAGAUCCAAUGAAGCUGGAGCCCUAUAUAUGAAGGCCUGCAAUUGUUUUGCACCUUUCCUUUACAUGCUAUUAUAAUUAAAACACAUAAUUCUUUGUUUCACAUUUGUCAAAGGCUUUGUUGAACUUUUGGCAACUGUUUCUUACAAUUCUCAUUAACCUGCCUGAUUUAUAAAAUGCAUAUUAUCCUGAUUCUUCAUUUGGUACUAUUAUUCUGUUGUUUGUCACAUAAUGUCCCUGUGCCUUCAAUCCGUCACUAUGAAAGGAUGGAAUCACCCAACAGUAGUUGCUCAUUGUUUUGUUUAUCUAUUGUCAUUCAUCUUUGGAUAAUGGAUACCUGUCCGAGAUCCUAUUUUGUUGUACUAAUUUGGAAAAGAUGUUCCUUUUAAUGAUAACUAGAAUUGAUGAGGCUGAGUAAGAAUGCUAAUGCAUUACUUGGGUGUUGUUAGUAUAGUAAAAAAUUACUAUAGCUCACCCCCCAAUAUCUAAAUAUGGUUGUGCGUCAUCAUACCUACCAGCAUGCAUCCAAAAACAUAGAAGAUGUUUCUUCCCUCAAGCUAUAGAUGCUUAAGUUACCAUAAAGAGAGCAGGCCUUGGUGCAAGGAUAGGGUUUCUCAUUAAUGAUCAGUUAAAAUGUGGGAAGAUUGAUAGCAAAGAUUCUUGGUCCUUGGAGUCAUACCUGAAAGACCCAAGCCAAGCUGCUGCUUUCACACACAUCAAAGAUGGCGCUGUUGCAAAAGAUAAGAGGUCUCCUCUGUUUACUGCUGGGGAAAGUCCACAAGAUGCUGACCUUGGCAAAAGGCUGAAAGUUUUUUGGUUGUUGCUGAGUCAAAAGGAAGGUUUGUUUACUUUUGCCCUUGACCCAUCUCCUGAGAUAAUAUUUGACAUUGGGAAAUGUACAUCUUUGGUGACUAUCAUAACUUUCGUGCAAUGAAAAUUAAAUUUUGCAUUGUCAUAUUCCUAUUUUUUUGAUGCAGUGUAUGGAUCUGAUCAGUAAAGAAGAACCAAAUAGAUUUGAUGUCUUGAACUGCAGAUUGGUUAGUGCAAUAUCUAUAUUUUGAAUGUGUAAGCUUGAGUAAAGAUUUCCUGCACUAUUUGAUUGUAGUAUCUAGUGGAUGGCACGCAAUGUGUUAAUUUUCAGUGUUGAUGAAUCUUUGGGUGGGAGGUUAGUUAGAUAUAUCUAUCUCCACUAUCCACACAUAUUUGCUACAUAAUUUACCUUUUUUCCCCCUUAAGAAACAUAUAUUUGAAGGAAUAUUAAUUUUGCGAUGUAUAUGUUACAUCAUCAAUUUGAGCUCAGAGAAACUUAGAGAAGCAGUUUGUUUGAAUGUCUGCCCUUUCUUUUGGUUGUGAUGGUAACAUACCUAGGGAGAAUUUUGCUUUUGUAAAAUAACUAUUUUUAGUUUGAGUUAUUGAUGUUAAUCACUUAUAGAUAUAAGCAACCUAAAAGAAUAAAUCAUUUGCAAAGUCUUUUCUUGCUUUCUCGUUUGGCACCUUUUGUUUUCUUAUUUCAAGUAGAAGAUAUUAGCACUGCCAAUUAGUUUCUGUUGACCACAGCUCAUCAAUGUGUCCUAUUGGCCGAGUUGGAUAAGUAAUGAAGGUUGCCUGCCAAAAUUCUUACAACAAAAAUUCCACUUGGAGCUGGUUGACAAGGUAGCUCAUGUUAGUCCUAUUAUUUCCUUCACAUUCAUUCAUAUCUAACAUAUGGUGUAGCAUAUCUUCCGAUUCUCCAUAUCCCUACCUUACUUAAUGGGUAAAGUUUUUCACUCUUGCUUGUCGUUUUCUGAUUUCUGCUUUCUGUAAUGGUUUUCUUGAUCAUGUCAAAUUUGAUAGGUUUCUUUGUACCACUGAAAUUUUACUGAAAUUGUCUUUUUCCCCCUUCUAUUAGUGAGCCUUAGAGGUGGAAAAUACGGUGAUAUGGACUUGUUGUCAAUUUAAUUGUAGUCUUAGAUCUUCUGUGUUAGCUUCAAACUCUUCCGAUUUUCAUCCAUUAAGCUUUACACUUGAUGCUUAACAGGAGGCAAGGGACUGUGAGAAGCAGAGCACCAACAGAAGAGCAUGCAUGUGACCGCUUCGAGAAUCUUCUACUCUGUGACUGAUGCUACUAGCAGGAGUCGUAUAAAGAUGGCAGAGGAGCAAUCAAGUAACUCUGGAGUUCACCUCUCUUCCAUUGGUUCUGUUCCUCAAAACAGCCAUCCACAAAGGCUUCAGAGUGACAGAGCAUUGCAUUCAGAUAAUGAGAACAUGAUAGACACUGAUCAGUUUGAAUAUUACUUAGAGCAUUUAUGGGAAAAUAUAACAGAAGAGAAAAGGAGUUCCUUUGCAUGUCUUGAUUCUUUAUGGUUUUAUAUGUACAAGAGAGCAGUGACAAAGGAAAAGGUGCUCAAGUGGAUCAAAAAGAAAAAGAUAUUUAAAAGGAAAUAUGUUUUCAUUCCAAUUGUUUGCUGGGGACACUGGAGCCUUCUUAUCCUUUGCAACUUUGGAGAAAACAGGCAGCCUGACACUGAGAAGCCCUGCAUGUUACUGCUAGAUUCGCUCCAUAAAGCAGAUCCAAAGAGGCUAGAGCCGGAUAUAAGAAGAUUUGUGUUGGACAUUUGUCGAACUGAAGCAGGGGAUGAGAUGAAAGAGGAUAUAUACAAAAUUCCUCUUCUUGUUCCCAAGGUUCCACAGCAGAGAAAUGGUGUGGAUUGUGGUAUCUUUGUUCUCUACUACUUACAUUUAUUUGCCCAAAAUGCCCCCGCAAUUUUCACUCUGGAUGGCUAUCCAUACUUUCUCAAGGAAGACUGGUUUAGUCCAGAUGACCUAGAAAGCUUUCGGAAGGAAAUCUAUUCUUUUGAAUCUCAUAAGAAACUGAAACUUAAUACUCACUAGCAAAGGAAGCUGGGAUGAUUAAGCAUUGGCAUCAAUUUAUUUGAAGGCUUGAUACCUCCGCUCAGAGUUCUUUUACAUGUAGCCAAUCAUGCAGUCCUGUUGUUUUCAUGCCAUGUCCUGCAGGACUAUGCCAGCAUGCUUACAGUUACCGGUCAAUCACAGUAAUCAAAUAAACAGAUAGAAUCCACUAGUGACUAUAUUUUCUGUUUGUUAAUUUCAAAGAUUGGCGUAAUCCAGUUGUUUGAUACCUCUGCUCGGAGUUCAUUUACAAGUGGUGGCCGAUCAUGCAGUGUUGUUGUUUUCAUGCCAUUUCCUGCAGGACUAUGCCUCCAAGUUACAGUUACUGAUCAAUAACAGUAAUCGAAUAAACCAAUAGAAUGCACUAGUGAUUAUAUUUUCUGUUUGUUAAUUUCAAAGAUUGGUGUAAUCCAGUUGUUUGAUACCUCUUCUCAGAGUUCAUUUACAAGUGGCAGCCGAUCAGGCAGUCCUGUUGUUUUCAUGCCAUGUCCUGCAGGACUAUGCCAGCAUGCUUACAGUUACCGGUCAAUCACAGUAAUCAAAUAAACAGAUAGAAUCCACUAGUGACUAUAUUUUCUGUUUGUUAAUUUCAAAGAUUGGCGUAAUCCAGUUGUUUGAUACCUCUGCUCGGAGUUCAUUUACAAGUGGUGGCCGAUCAUGCAGUGUUGUUGUUUCAUGCCAUUUCCUGCAGGACUAUGCCUCCAAGUUACAGUUACUGAUCAAUAACAGUAAUCGAAUAAACCAAUAGAAUGCACUAGUGAUUAUAUAUUCUGUUUGUUAAUUUCAAAGAUUGGUGUAAUCCAGUUGUUUGAUACCUCUGCUCAGAGUUCAUUUACAAGUGAUAGCCGAUCAGGCAGCACCGUUGUUUUCAUGCCAUUGCCUGCAGGACUAAGCCGCCAAGUUACAAUUACUGAUCAAUUACAGUAAUCGAACAAACAGAUAGAAUGUACUAGUGACUAUAUUUUCUCUUUGUUAAUUUCAAAGAUUGGUGUAAUCCAGUUGUUUGAUAUCUCUGCUCGGAGUUCAUUUACAAGUGGUGGUCGAUCAUGCAGCGCUGUUGUUUUCAUGCCAUUUCCUGCAGGAUUAUAUCGCUAAGUUACAGUUAUUGAUCAAUUACAAUAAUCGAAUAAACAGAUAGAAUGCACUAGUGACUAUAUUUUCUGUUUGUUAAUUUCAAAGAUUGGUGUAAUCCAGUUGUUUGAUAUCUCUGCUUGGAGUUCAUUUACAAGUGGUAGCCGAUCAGGCAGCGCCGUUGUUUUCAUGUCAUUUCCUGCAGGACUAUGUCGCCAAGUUACAGUUACUGAUCAAUAACUGUAAUCGAAUAAACCAAUAGAAUGCACUAGUGAUUAUAUUUUCUGUUUGUUAAUUUCAAAGAUUGGUGUAAUCCAGUUGUUUGAUACCUCUUCUCAGAGUUCAUUUACAAGUGGCGGCCGAUCAGGCAGCGCUGUUGUUUUCAUGCCAUUUCUUGCAGGACUAUGUCGCCAAGUUACAGUUACUGAUCAAUAACAGUAAUCGAAUAAACAGAUAGAAUGCACUAGUGACUAUAUUUUCUGUUUGUUAAUUUCAAAGAUUGGUGUAAUCCAGUUGUUUGAUAUCUCUGCUCGGAGUUCAUUUACAAGUGGUGGCCGAUCAUGCAGCGCUGUUGUUUUCAUGCCAUUUCCUGCAGGACUAUGUUGCCAAGUUACAAUUACCGAUCAAUAACAGUAAUCGAAUAAACAGAUAGAAUGUGCUAGUGACUAUAUUUUCUGUUUGUUAAUUGCAAAGAUUCGUGUAAUGCAAUUGUUUGAGUAUGUGUUGUUUUUGUGAAUUUCUCACUUAUGAGUUAGACCUCUGGUUUGUUGUAUAUGAAU